GCUGACGUGGAUGCUAGGAACGACGUCGGAGCUUCAGCACUCAUGUGGGCCGCUGCCACGGGCGAGCUUCAAGUCGUGCGGUGUCUUGCCCAAGAGUGCGGUGCGGACGUCAACGCCAAGACGAAGGAUGGGAACACUGCGCUAGUGGUGGCUGGUCAGAACGACCGCAUUGACAUCGUCCGGUGCCUUGUGGAACAGUGUGGGGCAGACCUGAGCGUCCAGAAUAAUGAAGGAAUGUCGGCUCUGAAUCUGGCAGCCCAACGUGGAAAGCUUGAGCUCGUCCGGUAUCUAGUUGAGUAUAGUGGAGAGGACACCAACGUC